UGGGGUGCGGCGCGGGGGCGGAAAGUGGGUUUAAGACCGUCUGGCCUACGUGUAGAGUGGGGGUGGGAGCCUCUAAGGAGGGUUCGAGCUCGUGUGACCCGAGAAGUCUGACCGGAUGUUCGGGAUUAUCGAGUGAGAAACUGUGUGGGUGCCGAAUUGUGUACGGCUGCGUCUGUGCGGCAGAUGUAGGAGACCAGCACUGAGAUAACUUCUGAGCCGCACUUCCCUUGUCGAAAGUGCUGAUAAAGACGUGCCAUCUUCCUGGAUUGUCCGUUUAACUUGAAGAUUAGAAGGGGGAAAAAAGCUAAGUGAUUGUAGGCCAUGGAACCAGGCUGCCUCUGUUAACUCCUGCCAAUUUCAGCCUCAGGGACCUUCAGGUUAUAAACUGACCAAGCUGUAUGUGAGCCUCUGUUGGAAUAAGAAGACAAACUGGAUGGUGGAGAAAGAAGUGAAAAGGAAAUUUGUCCAGAAGAAGCCUGAGAAGAUGAUGAGCAGAUAGAGAGGAAGCAAGACUUGGGAGGCAAGUUGCAUCCAUCUCCAGUAAAGUACAGACUGAGAAAAAAAGCAGUGAAUAUAAGAAAAUUGGAAAAAAUACUUCCUCUUAUGUCAGACAUUGUAUAUUUUAAGACAACACCUUUUCAAUAUACCUAGAGUUUGAAACAUAAUUUAGACUUAAUCAUAAAGGAAGUUGUGUAGGAAAGAAUCAUCACUUUAAUUAGUUUGUAAGUCCUGCUACAGCUUACUUUAUGGUAAUCUCCUUGAAUUUUAAAUCAGCAUGGAAAUGCCUUCAAUUAAAAAAAAUUGAACCCCAUCUGAUAUCUGAGCAUUCACACUGGAGAGAAACCUUGUGAAUUUACUGAAGGUGGGAAAUUUUUACUCACAUGUCACACCUCAUUGUAUGUAGAGAUCAGGCUGAAGAGAAACCCUGUGCUUCUAAGGAAUAUUGAAAAGCCUUAAGGUAGGUGAAAAAUCUCAUUGAGCAGAAGAAAAUUGGAGACAAACCAGUGAAUGUAACAAAACUUCAUUGAAUAUUAGAAAAUUCAUACUCAGAGAGAAAGCUUUGUGCCGCAUAUGAUAAAAGUUUUCUCUUGAACCUUGUCCCUCUCAGUACAUUUGAAAGGCCAUACACAGAGAAGUCCUAUAAAUGUAAGAAAUGUGGAAAUACCUUCAGCCAAAAGUAAAUCUUCAUUCAAGAAAUUCAUACUGGAGAGAAACCUUGUGAAUGUGGGAAAACUUCCAUUCAGAUGUCACACCUCAGUCAUCAGAGAAUUUGUAGUGGGGAAAAAAACUCCUUUGCUUGUAAGGUAUGUGGGAAAGUCUUCAGCCACAAAUCAAAUCUCACUGAGCAUGAGCAUUUUCAUAACAGAGAGAAACCUUUUGAAUGUAAUGAAUGUGGAAAAGCAUUCAGCCAAAAGCAGUAUGUCAUUAAACAUCAGAACACCCAUACAGGAGAGAAGCUUUUUGAAUGUAAUGAAUGUGGAAAAUCCUUCAGCCAGAAGGAAAACCUCCUUACCCAUCAGAAAAUUCACACUGGAGAGAAACCUUUUGAGUGUAAGGAUUGUGGGAAAGCAUUCAUUCAGAAGUCCAACCUCAUCAGACAUCAGAGAACUCACACAGGAGAGAAGCCCUUUGUAUGUAAAGAGUGUGGAAAAACCUUCAGUGGCAAAUCAAACCUUACUGAGCAUGAGAAAAUUCAUAUUGGAGAGAAACCUUUUAAAUGUAGUGAAUGUGGUACAGCUUUUGGCCAGAAGAAGUACCUUAUAAAACAUCAAAAUAUUCACACUGGAGAGAAACCCUAUGAAUGUAAUGAAUGUGGAAAAGCCUUCUCUCAACGAACAUCGCUUAUUGUACAUGUGAGAAUUCAUUCAGGUGAUAAACCCUAUGAAUGCAAUGUAUGUGGAAAAGCCUUCUCUCAAAGUUCAUCUCUUACUGUGCAUGUAAGAAGCCAUACAGGCGAGAAGCCCUAUGGUUGUAAUGAAUGUGGGAAAGCUUUCUCUCAGUUCUCAACCCUUGCUCUCCAUUUGAGAAUACAUACAGGUAAGAAGCCUUAUAAGUGUAGUGAAUGUGGGAAAGCUUUCAGCCAGAAGUCACACCACAUUAGACACCAGAAAAUUCAUACUCAUUAAAAACCUUGUGAAUAUCUUGAAAGUUGGAAAGCAAAGGAAUUUGCACUUCAGAAAUAGCCAUUUGGAAGGAAAGCAUCACAAGUGAGUGAAACAAGCUAAAAGCUAAUGGGACAUCAGAGGAUUUAUACUUUAAAGAAAGACAUUUGUAUGAUAAAAACCCUGUGCCCAACAACAACAAAAAAAGCACAGGUAAUGCUGGAACUGUGGGUAUGUUUCCACUAAAAUUGAGAAUGGAAGACAUGCUUAUGAUCAUUGCUAUCUACAUAGAUUUGUAGAUCUUUACCAAUGUGAUUUAAAAAAAUAAGUUGCAAGUACUGGGAAGGAAGAGACUUAUUGAAUUAACAGAAUAGAAGAGAUUCUGGAAAUAUCUAUGCAUUUUAGAAUACAGUAGAUAAGGAAUCAGGAGGUGAGAAGAUAAUGGAACUAUUUAAAAAAUGAUUUGGAGGCAAUUUAUCCUCCAAGGAAAAAAAAUGAACCAUGAACUAUAUACAAAGGUAAGAUCCUGGGGGAUUAAAAAACGAAUAUGAAAAAGCUGUAUACAAAAAUGGUUAUUAUCUUGGGAGUAGGAAAACAAAUCUUAUAACAAUUUACCUAGUGGUUCUAUGCUGUUUGUAUGCUUAGAAAAUAAGUACCAGGCUAUUUACUGUGGCAUGAUUUAUAGUAAUCAUAAAUCAGAAACAAAUGCCCACCAGGAACAAAAUGGUAAAUGCUUAUGAUGGAAUGAAUCUGUGUAUCUGUAAAAGGUAACAUGAGAUCUACAUGUAUUACAGAGAAAGAUCUCCAAAAUCAUGUUGAGGGGGGAAAUGAAGUUGCAGAAUGACACAUGACAUUUUUGUAAAUUUGAAUUAAAUCUUUCCUCGUAAUUCAGUACUAUAUUAUUAAUAAUAGAUAUAUAUGUAUGUAUGUUUUUAAAAUGUUUUUGAGAUGGAUUGGAAGGAUACAGAUUAAACUCUUGACAGUGGUUGCCUGUGACGACUGGAGAAGGGAAGGGGAUGAGUGGGAGGCAUAGGGUAGGGAUUAAGGGGGACUUAACGUUUUAUAUAUAAACAUCCAUUUCUCUUAAAAGCUAAGACUGAAGGUAAAUAUAACAAAAUACUGGAUAACUUUCAAUUGGUGGUAUAUGGAUAUCUUGUCUUAUUUUUUGUACUUUUCUGUAUUUUAAAUUUUUUCUCAUUACUAAGAAUGGGGGUGAGGAUGGGAACACUGUACCUGUAGAAAACAUGUUCUAAUGGAUUCAUUCCCAAUUAAAUACUAAGCUUUUUAUAGAAAA